CCCAAUCAAGGCACAGAAAGCAACGAGGCAAAAUCUCUCUCUCUCGGUCAGAGUCGCCGUCGAGCCGAGUAAUUGUUAAUCAAAAGAUAUGGCGGGACGGGAACAUCCUCGACAGCUCGUCCGGCUGACGCCACUAUCGGUCAAUACGACGGCGCUGGAGGACCGUAUCGCCCUCCAGAACCGUGAGAUCCAGUCCCUCCUCGUCGACAAUCAACGGCUGGCAGCCGCCCACGUCGCGCUCAAGCAGGACCUCGCCGCGGCCCAGCACGACCUCCGCCACCUAUCCGUCGUCGCCGGUAAAGCCAAGUCCGAGAGGGACGCCGAGGUGCGCGAGGUCUACGAGAGGGCAUUGAAGCUGGACGCCGAGGUUCGCGCCAUCGACUCCAUGGGCGCAGACCUGGCUCGGACCCGAGCCGAUAUACAGGAGCUCGGCUCGUCCCGGCAGGAGCUUGCGGAGGAGUUGAACACGAUCGAUGGCGAGCUUGCGAGGACUCAGUCCGAGGCGAACAAAGUGGCGGACAUUAAAGCCGAUAUCGAGACCUUCAAGCAGGAGAUUAAGAAAGGAAGGGAUGCAAUUGAGAAUGAGAAGAAAACUAGAGCUAGCAACCUUGAGUACAGGCAGGGGAUGGAGAAAACAAUGGCGGCAUUGGCUCGUGAAAUGGAUAAGCUUCAUGGGGAGUUGGCCAAUGCAGAGAAGAGAGCAAGGGCUGCAGUAGCUGCAGCAGCAAAUCCAGGUCCUGGGUACCCUGCAGCCUAUGGCAAUGCUGAAAUGUUAUACGGGGGAAAUGUGUACCCUGAUCCCUAUGCCGGCAUGCAUCAGGCCCCAGGUGCUGCCGACGCUGCCAGUCCAUAUGGUUCUGCACCAAUGCCACAUGCUUCUUAUGACAUGCAGCAACCGCAGGAUAUGAGAUACAAGUCUCCAGCAGGUUUUGGCAGCCAUUCGGACGAACAACAUGGCAAAGAUGUGAUAAGCAGUUAAGCACAGCUGAUUUAGUGCCUUCAGGCAUUUUUUGCCUC